CUGGAGCGCCCAGAAAGCAUUUCAGUCUGUGUCUGACGUUCGAGCGCGUUGGAAGUGCCGGGAGAUUGUGGCCAAAGGAGAUUAUUUUUAUACAAACUGUCUUAUAUACACACAUCCUAUAUAUACAAAUCGGAAUAUUAAAUAUAGAGAGAGAGCGAGUAUUGUAACUGGAGCACAGGGAGCAAUGGAUCUGAAUCUGGGUUUCGGCGACAAGCUCAAGUUGGGCGCCAAAGCCAUCGGCCAUAAGGUUACCCAGUACAGGCUCAGCACGGGCAAGACCAAGGAGCUGGCCACAAAGUAUGGCCAGCUGAAGGGUCAACAGCGCAGGACCUUCUACGACGGAGAGACCUACUACUCCUUCGAGGGCAUCCCCUUCGCCCAACCACCUGUGGGUGAGUUGCGAUUCCGCGCCCCCCAACCAUCCAGCGCCUGGAAGGGCGUCCGGGACUGCACCUAUGCCCGGGAUAAGCCCAUGCAACGGAAUGUCAUCACAACCACGGCCGAGGGCUCCGAGGACUGCCUGUAUCUGAACGUCUAUGCCAAGAAACUCGAGUCGCCGCAACCACUGCCGGUGAUGGUAUGGAUUUAUGGGGGUGGCUUUCAGAUUGGCGGAGCCUCUCGCGAAAUCUAUGGACCCGACUACUUCAUGAAACAUGAUGUCAUCCUAGUCACCCUUAACUAUCGCGUGGGCGCUUUGGGCUUUCUCAGUCUCAAGGACGAGGGCCUGAAAGUUCCCGGCAAUGCGGGCCUCAAGGACCAAAUACUGGCCCUGCGCUGGGUCAAGGAGAACGUGGCCAGUUUCAAUGGUGAUCCCGAGAACAUAACCCUCAUGGGUGAGUCGGCUGGGGCGGCUUCUGCGCACAUCCUGAUGCAAUCGGAGCAAGCACGUGGCCUCUUCCAUCGGGCCAUAGUCCAGUCCGGAUCGGCUUUGUGUGAAUGGGCGACGCAACAGGAUCGGAACGGCGUCCGAAGGCUGGCCAAGAAGUUGGGCUUCUCUGGGAAUCUGGAGAGUGAGGAGGAGAUCUUGAAGUUCUUCCAACAGGUGCCGGCCGGCAAGUUGGCCGUCCACUGCAAUGCGAUUGUCACCCAGGAGGAGGAACGUGACUAUGAGAUUAUAGCCUUUGGUCCUGUCAUCGAGUCAUAUGUGGGGGAAGAUUGCGUCGUGCCGAAGCCCCAGCAGGAGCAGCUGUCCCAGGCCUGGGGCAAUGAGAUUCCCAUGAUCAUAGGCGGCACCUCCUUCGAGGGACUCUUCUCGUACCAGAGCACCCUGAAGGAUCCAACGCACAUGCUGAGCGCCUUCGAGGCGAUUAUUCCGCGGAAGAUACGCGACAGCAUCGACAAGGACGAGCUGGGGGAGAUGGUGAGGCGGCUGAAGUCCUCCUACUUCGAUGACCCGGAGAGGGCCAGCAUGGAGCUGUUCGAGUGCCUGCACAUCCUGAGCAUCAAGAACUUCUGGCACGACAUCCACCGGACUCUGCUGGCCCGGCUGGCCUACGCCCCAACCUCGCCCACCUACCUCUAUCGCUUCGACAUGGACUCGUCGCACUUCAACCAGUACAGGAUCAUCAAGUGCGGCAAGAAGGUCAGGGGAGUGUGCCACGCGGACGAUCUGUCCUACAUGUUCCAUGGCCUGCUCUCCACCAAGCUGGACAAGGACUCGCCCGAGUACCGCACCAUAGAACGGAUGAUCGGCAUGUGGACGUCCUUCGCCACCAACGGCGAUCCCAACUGCGAGGUUAUAGCGCCCUUGAAGUGGGAUCCCCUGAAGCCCGGUGGUCCCGAGCUAUGCCUCAACAUAGCCGAUGGUCUGGAGUUCAUACCGCUGCCGGAAAGCAAACAGUUUGUGGUCUGGGACAGUUUCUACACCCGGGAGAGUCUCUAUUGAGCGCCUCCAGCAUGAAUUUUAAAGAACAAACUAUAUUUUGUAAUAUUUAUCGGCCCAUACCAAAUAUCUCGCUUUAAAUGUUAUAUAUGUUUUGAACAAAUGCGUGAAAGUACAAACCAAAAUCAAAGGUAAUCUAUUAGCUUUAUGGAAUCAGGUAAAAGAUUAACAAACAAUAAGGACUCGGCACUCAUAAAAUUUAUCUUUCUUUAAUUAUGACGUAAAAUAUUGACCCAUAAACUGAAUUCUUUCUGCCUUUUUUAUGAUUUUUGGCAACGUUUUCGGUUUGGAAUUGAUUUGCCAGCCGGUUCUACCCGGUUCUAGUGUCUGGGUCGUGUUCUCGUAUCUCUUAUUGACUUUUUGGCAGCCGGCCAGGAAAUUCGCGAAAGCCAAGGGAAUACCGCAGGUCAUUCUUGUCAAUCCAAUAAUCGGGUCUUCUUUCCUGUUUUUGUUCUACUUUUCUCUUGUUUUGUUUUCUUCUGAUUUUAUUUUCUUGAUCCAUUCACAAACCUCCUAAAUUAAUGGAUGUCGGUGGGUUUUUAGGAUUCAGGGGAACUGUCGAGAGUCUCAGGUCAUUUUAUUGAGAAUUUUAUAAUGUUUACCCUGGCACUUAUAUGAUUUAUUGUUUAAAGUUGAAACUUUAAAUGUAUUUUUAACCAAACGAGGUACGAGAGUUGAAUUAAUUUGCACAUUUAUGCGGAGCUUAAUUAUUGAACAAAAAAACCGGUUUUUUGAGGCAUAGCGAUGGGGGAUACCCCUUAAAUGGUUUUGUUUCUAAAAUUUUUACUAAACACAAAUGCCUUAAAACAAAUCUACGAAUUUUUACGAACAAAAAGCAUUUAUAAAUGGUGUGUUUUUUAAUUAAUACUUUUUAUAUAAUAAUAUUAAUAUUUAUUUACAAUAAAAAUAAUAAACUGUGAAAUUGUGAAAAGCAA